CCUGAGCGUGGGCUCAGUUUGCAGCCUUUCGGCCGUCCUCGUGCCGGGAUGCCCCGUGGCUUAGGUGAUGGAUAUUUCGCGUGAAGUGAGCGCAGCGCGGAGGGACGGCGUGCCGCGGAUGCCGGGAGAGCUCUGCGAGCCUGCAGCCGGCAGCGUGCCUCCGCCGGUCAGGGCUUUGUGAUAGACCUGGUGACACAGUAGCCUUUCGGCAGAGCUCCUGGGGAUGUGCAGGAAGUGCUGCGCCGGGUUCUGUCAGGGGGGAAAUCUGAGCCAUUUCUCUGUGGACAGCUGUGUUUCAAAGUCUGGACAAGUGGCCGUUGACUUUUGCACACGAGCUGCCAGGAUUUUGUGGGAGUCUAAUACUUUGUCAUUAUGAGAUGUCGUCUCUCGGUACCUCCUUUGUGCAAAUCAAAUUUGAUGACUUGCAGUUUUUUGAAAACUGCGGUGGAGGAAGUUUUGGGAGUGUAUAUCGAGCCAGAUGGAUAUCCCAGGACAAGGAGGUGGCUGUGAAGAAGCUGCUCAAAAUAGAGAAAGAGGCAGAAAUACUCAGCGUCCUCAGUCACAGAAACAUCAUCCAGUUUUAUGGAGUAAUUCUCGAACCUCCCAACUAUGGCAUCGUCACAGAAUAUGCUUCUCUGGGAUCACUCUAUGAUUACAUUAAUAGUAACAGAAGUGAAGAGAUGGACAUGGAUCACAUUAUGACCUGGGCCACUGAUGUAGCCAAAGGAAUGCACUAUUUACAUAUGGAGGCUCCUGUCAAGGUGAUUCACAGAGAUCUCAAGUCAAGAAAUGUUGUUAUAGCUGCUGAUGGGGUAUUAAAGAUAUGCGAUUUUGGCGCCUCUCGGUUCCAUAACCAUACAACACACAUGUCCUUGGUUGGAACUUUCCCAUGGAUGGCCCCAGAAGUUAUCCAAAGUCUCCCUGUGUCUGAAACUUGUGACACAUAUUCCUAUGGUGUGGUUCUCUGGGAGAUGCUAACAAGGGAGGUCCCCUUUAAAGGUUUGGAAGGAUUACAAGUAGCUUGGCUUGUAGUGGAAAAAAACGAGAGAUUAACCAUUCCAAGCAGCUGCCCCAGAAGCUUCGCUGAGCUGUUACGUCAGUGUUGGGAAGCUGAUGCCAAGAAACGGCCAUCUUUUAAGCAAAUCAUUUCAAUUCUGGAGUCCAUGUCAAAUGACACUAACCUUCCCGACCAGUGUAACUCAUUCCUGCACAACAAGGCAGAGUGGAGGUGCGAAAUUGAAGCAACUCUUGAGAGGCUGAAGAAACUUGAACGGGACCUCAGCUGCAAAGAACAGGAGCUCAAAGAACGGGAAAGACGUCUGAGGAUGUGGGAGCAAAAGCUGACGGAGCAGUCCAACACCCCGCUUCUCUUGCCUCUUGCUGCAAGAAUGUCUGAGGAGUCUUACUUUGAAUCUAAGACAGAGGAGUCAAACAGUGCAGAGAUGUCAUGUCAGAUCACAGCAGCAAGUAACGGGGAGGGCCAUGGCAUGAACCAAAGUCUGCAGGCCAUGAUGCUGAUGGGCUUUGGGGAUAUCUUCUCAAUGAACAAAGCAGGAGCUGUGCUGCAUUCUGGGAUGCAGAUAAACAUGCAAGCCAAGCAGAAUUCUUCCAAAACCACAUCUAAGAGAAAGGGGAAGAAGGUCAACAUGGCCCUGGGGUUCAGUGAUUUUGACUUGUCAGAAGGUGACGAUGAUGAUGAUGACGGUGAUGAGGAGGAUAAUGACAUGGAUAAUAAUAGUGAAUGAAAGCAGAAAGCAGAGUAAUAAAAUUGAAAAUGUUUGGAAAAACGAAAGAAACUUGCUCGGUCUGUACAAAAACCAGUAAGGAGGUAGAAAACUAAGCACUGAAUUUUUAGGCCAAUCACGUUUCCAUGACAGUCAUUUCUUUAAAGGUUUUACUUUUUUUUUUUCCUGCUUACAGACAAAUGGGGGGUGGGGGGAGUUAAGCCAGAAAGGUGUAUUUAAUGAGUCAGCAGAUGUGGUGCCUGAUUAUAGAAAUUUGUGAUUCCAUUACAGUAUAGUAUUUUAACUAAUUACAUUCUGGCUUUUUUAAACAAAUACUUUAACGUUUGUAUUGGAUUUGAUUUCAUUUAUUUAAUUGCUUAAGAAGACUUACAUUUUGAGAAAGCACUCUCACCUCCUCAUUUUUCUUUGACACUGAUUUUCCUGUAACACACUACAUAUUUUUUUCUUACGGUAAUACACUGUACUGCCAGAAAUAAUUGAUAGUGACUACAAAACCUAACAGUAAAAAAAUUGAGAUGAAAGAAGGCUAUAACAAAUACUCUUCAGAAAUACCGAAAUGCCAAGAAUUUUCAAUACUUAAUGGCACAGCUACUCACAGAGAUGAUCUCAACGGUACGCUGGGAGAAGACAUCCUCUAAGUUGAAACCAACAGCAGAUGUUGCAGGCUUUCAUACCAGCGCUAGCCCUGGAAGCUUCUGGACACCACACUACCAUCUAAGCUUAGUUUAUAAAAGGAGGAGGAGAUGGUCUUGAAGAGGUACUUGCAGGCAGCACGAGUGCUCACACAGACCUGCUCUGCACCCCCACUGCGGUGUGUGCGUUUGUUUUCCCGAGGGACAGGGACAUAGGUGUCCAGAGGUUUUAAAGAGGGAACUAAUGAUUCUGAAAGGAACAGCCAAGAUAGGUUAUACUUACUGAGACAGAAGCACCAGAUGAAGGCCCCUUCUUAUAUCACACCCAGCCUUCCAGAGUUGUCUUUUUUCUUUGAACCCUGUCUCAGCCAUGCCAGUGUUAAAGGGAACGUAGGUGCCGCUCCGAAAACCUAGUUUGCCAGAGAAAUAGUCUCAGAAUGUUAUCAUACAUGUCAAAGCUUGUUUAAACUAUAAAACACUGAUAAAAAAAAACUACAAAACAUUUGUAGUCAUACACACACACAGAAAGGCAAAGGCACAAAACCUUUUUUCAGCCUGUAUUGGAAAGAAGUGCCAUUCAUUUGACUAUUAAACUAAAAUACUUCUGGUGGAUCUUUUUAUGGGAAAUUUAAGAAAGGAUAUCAUCCUAGAUAUUAUCUAAUACUAUUUCCAAGUAUAUUCAGUCAUAAAAAGCCUCUUGAAAUUUGAAACAUGACAUGCUUCUAAUCCCUAUUAACAGCUGAAAAGUAUCACAAAACUAUCAGUUCGCUGUGGCAGCUUUAUUUGGAGAAAGAUCGCUAUUAAAAUGUUCUGGGUGUGAAACGUAGAAGAGUCUCCCUACCACAGUGAUAAAGAGAAGAACCUCGCGUCAUAUUGGGAUUCAACACUGCCGUGCCAUCUGUUAGAAAUUAUUUAACCUCUGUGUGUGUCUGUGCUCGUGUUUGACAUGGGAGUAAUAACAGGACCCACUUCAAAGGAUUCAAAGGGUUACUGUAGGGAUUAAAUGAAAUAAUACAUGUAAAGCACUUAACACAGUACCAGGCCCAUGGGAAGUGGUCAGUUUUAGCCAGUGAAAAGAUACUAAAAAUAUAAGUAGUUACAGUAACCUGGAAAACUAAGCGAUCAAUUUCAAGUCAUGUUUGUUGAGUAGUAGGAAAUGGAAGUUAUAAAGAAUAGCUUUCUGGAGAGAUAAAAGAGAACAUUCUUAGAAUAUAAACUAUAUGAACAAAUGUAAUCUGUUGCUCUUUGAAGACUACGUACCUGAGGCGUUUGCAGGCCCUGCUACUACCCACAGACGAAGCGAAACCAAAGCAGGUAGAGCUUUCCCCUAGGGGAUGGGCUCCCUAGUACCCAGUGUGGCACGCCUCCAUCUGUGCAAGCACGGAUACACGCGCACCACUAGCUGGUGCCGGCGGCACGCAGGCACGGACACGGCACAGCCAGACACGUGCUCCCUCCCUCAGACGGUUGGCAGCUCCUGACUCCGCUGCCUGUCCUGGGGCGCGGUGGUCUGGCGACCAGAAGGAGAGAGCCAAAGAGGAAGCAGUUUAAAAGCCUCCUGCACAUCUUUCUGGGUAAACAUAAAGCCGUUUGUCCCACAGAUACUUACUGAGCCCUGCUCUGUGCCAGGCACUGUUCUAGGGACCCUCUAGAGGGGAAUGUUCGCGCUCACAGAGCACCCACGCCAGCGAGCAGAGAGCCUGACCGUCAACAGAACAAAUGUGUUAUAUAGUACGGAAAGGUUUGACAAGUGCAAGCUGAAAAGGGGAGCAGGGGAAGAGGAUAACACACACACGGGAGUGUUGCAGAGUUCACAGUGUGGGCACAGAAGGGCAUCUCUGGGCUAAUUUUGGGAUCUGUGUACUUUAUGUAAGAAUGUAAACCCUGUCUCAUGUAAGAAUCAUCAACAAAAUCAGAACAUAUAAACAGAAUGACACUGACAUUUUUCUUCACUUACAUAUAAGCCUGUUGUAAUUACACAUAAAACUUUGGUGCAUUAAUGAAAGUAGCCAAUUAGGGCCAAAAGAGAACGGUAACAGGACUCUCUAUACGCAGACUGAGGUUUACCAUUAAUGAGGUAAUAUUUCCCUGAUCUCGGUUUACCAUUAAUGAGGUAAUAUUUCCCCGAUCUCUCAACCGCUGCCAUUCUCCUCACCAGUAUUCCAGAGAUGGUCGUAGCUCAAUACUCUACCAAGAAGAAACCUCAGGGAUUUAGGAUACAGCAGAAUUGAAAGCUUCAGUGAUAACGCUUGAAAUUGUUCUCCACCUGGAAUCGUAAUUACCACACGGCAUUAUUUUACUCUCUGUUCCAAAUCAAUGUCUUUCUAUGGUUUUGAACAUCCCUAAAAUCUGAAUCAUAUAAACAAAAUUUUAAAGUGGUCUCACUCUAUCUGUGAAGAUUAUUUAGACUCUUAGUUUUAUUACUUUUUAAAAGAACUGCUUAUUACACAGAAUUUCUAAAGAUGAUAAUUGUGCAGCUUCUAAUUCACUUUUCAGAUCAGUUUUUGAGAUGGCAAAUUGAUGCUGGAUGUAUUUCCAAUUAUUUGACUUACAAGAAUGUACAUUUAUAAAGAGAAUAAUGAAAGAAACCUAAGAAAUUUAAAAAGAUUCAAAAUGAUAGUUGAAACUCUUAAGUUGUAAUUGUCAGAGCCAUACAACUAAAAAUAUAAGUACUCUUUUUCAUCUUUUUUUGUGUAUUCAUAAAGUCGAUCAUACAGACUCGGAGGACGCCCCCCAGCCACUGUCGUCUGGGGCUCCUCAUUGUGGCGAGUGCCGGGGCAGAGUUUGGGUGGUCACAGGGCCUGGGGGUGUGUUGCGUGCCCAGCGCCAGGGGCAGCCCCGCCCAGCGAAGAACUCUGUCCACUGUACCAACAGCGUUGGCCCUCCCUCCCCUGAGAAAUCUGCUAAACCUGGCAGUUUUAGAGUUCGACUCUCAUUCCUCCCCCUAAACAAACUUGAUCAAGUCAAAAGACGUAACUUCAAAAUGACAACUACUACACACUCUGAAUUGUAUAGGUUGGUGACAUUUAUCUUAAAUCCCCACUUGUGGAAAAAUGGUUUCUUUCCCCUGAAGCAUGCUGGUGGAAACUUUAUAAAACAGCAAAAUUUACCUGGGGGAGGGGUCACUCUCCUAGUACACUAAUUCCAAAAUAAAUAUAACACACAUCACUGAGGGAGCCACAGUUCUGCAGAGCAGCGAGGUGACUUUAAAAGGACUCUGUUGAAGUAAAAAUCACAUUUUAAUAUUUUACAUUUAAUAAGCAAGGGGAAGGGGCUGAAGGCACAGAGGCAUAUUUGUUUUGGAUGCUCCGGGAAAGAGGAGGGCCAGCGUUCAGCCAGUGACUUUUAACAGGCAGCAGAUCUGUUAGACUUCAACAGCUGAGCUUUCAAAACCGAUCUGCAUUAAAAUCAGGGAACCGGAGGUAAGAUGAGGGCGAGAGCCAGGAUGACUUCUCACAGCACUAGGACGGACAUUAUUUUUCAGCGUGCUCGCUGGAGCCGUGAGCAUUUCAUAAAAGAUCAUCUUAAAAGCUAUUCUGACUUAAAUAUUGAUACCCUUUUUGGUUUUCGGUAACACUAGACUCGCCACAGGCCUGUACAACGAGCAGUGUUUCACCACACACAUUAGUAACAGCAUCAUUUUUCUAUAAUCAGGCACCUUUUGCUGCUUUGGAGUCAGACUGUUUUCCUGUUCCGACUUAAGCACUUCCAGAGGGAAGAAUCUGUUCUGUUCCUUGGGUUGUGGCAUCGCCUGCAGCAUUUCUGUGAUGGGGAAAAUGUGUACCAGGGACCGUGUGGGACUAGCGGCGGUCCCUCGGGCUGCCACGGAGUUGCGCUCUGGGGCCUGGGAGGUGCUUUCUGGCAUGUGGUUAUUGACUUUACAAACUAGCGUUUUAAGCACCUACAUUGAUUAUUUUAUAUAAUGUGCAGAAUAGUUUAUUUUUUAACGUCAGAUACAGUACACUGCACAUCCUGCUUUUGCACUUUUAAAAAAUUUUGUACUACAUAGAAAAUAUUUAUAUUCUUUGAGUGUGCGCUUUGAAUAGAGGAUGACAUUAUCACUUUUUUUUUUAAACAAAACCUUUUUCCUCAACUAUUCUAUUACAAUGUUAUUCUGAGCAAAUCUUAUGCCAAAUAUCUUGUAUCGUGUUUGUAUGGACGAACAUUUCACUCGUGUGUGGUAAGACGACCAGUUACCGAUUUCGUAGUUGGAAUUUGAUAUUCCAGCACAGAGUCCACAAUGUAUUCAGAAAUCCAAGUUGGUGUCAUACAUUUCAUUUUGAUGUGAACUUUCCUUUGCUUUUCUUGUUUUAAGACUCCAUUUUGCAAUAAACGUUUUGACAGUAAA